CGACAGAAUAAAAAACUGCAUCUUGGCUGCGCAGAUGCCCGACCAUGAGACCAACACGUCCAACCUCUUCAUUGGCAUUGGCAUCUGCUUGAUCGGGUCGACGAUCUCGAACCUCGGGCUCAACAUCCAGAAGUACUCGUUCAUCAUGCAGGCCCACCUGCCCGACCACGAGCGCAAGCCGUACAACACGCAGUGGCGGUGGUGGCUCGGCUUCUUUGGCGUCGGUGUCGGGUCCAUCGCAGACUUUGCCGCGCUCACGUUUGCGGCGCAGAGUAUCAUCAUGCCAGUCGGCGCCUUUACGCUUGUCUGCAACAUCGUCUUUGCGCAUUUCUGGCUCAAGGAAAAGCUGACGCGCAACGACCUCUGGGGCACGGUGUGGAUCGUCGUUGGCGCCGUCAUGGUCACCAUCUUUGGCUCACACGAGAACACCAACUACACGCUGCACGAGCUCCUGCGCUUGUACUACCGCUGGGACAUGCUCAUCUACCUCGUCUUCAUCAUUGGCGUGCUCUUCUUCCUCUACUCGAUGCUCAUGAACGCCGAGCGCAUUCUGAAAAAGAAGGGCGCUCUCUCGACCGAGUACAAGUCUGUGCUCAAGACGCACCCGCUCGCGUACGCCGGCCUCGCUGGUGUCUUUGGCGCGCAGUCGGUCAUGUUUGCCAAGUCGACCGGUGAGCUCAUCAAGCAGUCGGCGUCCGGUGACAACCAGUUCAACAAGGGUCUGACCUACGUCAUUCUCGUCGGCCUCGUCUUGACCAUCUCGAUGCAGACGCACUUGCUUUCGCUGGGCCUCAAGUACUUUGACGCGCUUUACAUUGUGCCGGUGUUCCAAUGCUUCUUCAUCACGUUCUCGGUGCUCGGCGGCGCGAUUUACUUUCAAGAGUUCAAGGACUACACGGUCACGCAGUACAUUUGCUUCCCGCUCGGCGUCUUCAUCACGAUCUACGGCGUGUGGGUCCUAUCGUCGCGCGAGAUGCAGCACGACGCGGGUGCACCGCCCGUGCCACCGGCGCCGCCGUCGUCGGCCGACAGCAUCUGCCACGCCGAGCUCCAGCCCAACAUGCCUGGCUCCAACAUGGUGCGCCGCAACUCGAGCAGCUUCCGUGUUGUGAUGGAGCCCGAGUUUUGCCCCGUGUCCAACCCCGCGCAGCUCCUCGAGCGCUCGUCGUCGAUUGGCGGCUCCUUUUACGCCACACAGAGCGUACUGAUGUCGGGUCGAUCCAACACGGACUUUCAGGCUGUGAGCGACGAGGCGCUGGACCGAGAGAUGGUGACGAUGCAGACACGACCACUCUCGGAAUCGGCGGCUGCGAGCACGGUGCACCAUGCUUAGAGGCAUCGAGGCGAGUAGAGAUGAUAUUAGGAAUCACCACCUGCAUAACCUUCCAAAUAUGGACCCCAUGUACAACAGUAAAAGCAAAAUGAAGGGGAACCUUAUCGACCUC